AUGUCCCCAUUCGAACCCGACAAAUGGAUAGAGCAGCUAAUGGAGUGCCAGCACCUCUCCGAGCCGGACAUGAAGACCCUCUGCGAGCGCGUGCGCUCCAUCCUCAUGGAGGAGUCGAACAUCCAGCCUGUCUCGAGCCCGGUCACGAUCUGCGGCGACAUCCACGGGCAGUUCUGGGACCUGCUCGAGCUGCUCCGGAAGGGCGGCGACGUCCCCCAGACGAGCUACAUCUUCAUGGCACGUAUACGUCGGCGGGCGCGACAGGGUGACUUUGUGGAUAGGGGGCAUUAUAGCUUGGAGACGGUGUCGUUGUUGCUUGUGUUGAAGGCAAAGUAUCCGGAUAAAGUCACACUAUUGCGAGGGAACCACGAGAGUAGGCAGAUCACACAAGUGUACGGCUUCUACGACGAGUGCCAGCAGAAGUACGGGAGCGCGCUGGUGUGGAAGGCAUGUUGUAGCGUUUUUGACUUCCUAAACCUCGCUGCAAUCAUCGACGGCGAGACAUUGUGUGUACAUGGGGGCUUGUCUCCAGACAUUCGGACGCUAGAUCAAAUACGCGUCUUAUCGCGGGCGCAAGAGAUUCCCCAUGAAGGUGCAUUCUGUGACCUCAUGUGGUCAGACCCCGACGAAAUAGACAACUGGGCGAUCAGCCCGCGGGGUGCAGGUUGGUUGUUCGGGGAGAACGUUACAAGAGAGUUCAAUCACGUCAACUCGCUCAAGUUAAUUGCCCGAGCGCACCAGCUCGUGCAAGAGGGCUACAAGUACUUAUUCGACGAGCAGCUCGUCACGGUAUGGUCCGCGCCAAACUACUGCUACCGGUGCGGCAACAUGGCGUCAAUAUUGACGAUCCGGGAGGACGGGUCGCGGGACUUCACGGUGUAUGAUGCGGCGGAGGAGAACGAGAGAGACAAUGGGAUGCGGCAGCAAAGGAAAGCGGUGAGUGAUCACGUCGUGUCGGAGUAUUUCGAUGGAUUAAGGUGCUGA